UCACUUCGCUUGUGUUUCUCUUCACCAAUCACUUCACCUUCUUUGUAUUUGAAGAAAAAACAGAGUUCAAGAAAAACAAAAAACAUGGUGAAAGAUCUGAUUGGGUAUAGAUUUAGUCCUACGGGUGAGGAAUUAAUAAACGAUUACCUGAAGAACAAGAAUCUUGGUAAGACUUGGCUCGUUCAUGAAGCUAUUGGCGAGAUCAACAUCUUGAGCUACAUACCCGAGCUCUUGCCUGAUUUAGCGGUGAUCAGAUCAAAGGAUCCUGAAUGGUACUUCUUCUCUCCGAUUGUGUACACGAACUCGAAGAAGAAAGAGAUGAAGAGAAUCACAGGUUCUGGGUAUUGGAAAACUACUGGUAAAAAUCGUAUAAUCAGGGAUAAGAGCGGUGUUGAGAUCGGUCUCAAGAAGACACUUAUGUACUAUGAAGGUAAAGUUCCAAAUGGAGUUUGGACUCCUUGGGUUAUGCAUGAGUAUCACAUCACUUCCUUGCCUCAUCUUCAGAUAAAUUAUGUUAUCUGCCAAGUAAAGUAUAAGGGUGAAGCUAAAGACAUUUCAUAUGGUAAUAACUUGACUGAGUCAAGUCACUCUUUGGAUUUUGAUUCGAAUACUGCCAUAGCCAUGUACACACCUGAGCCUGCGGAUUCCUAUGUUAUCUGCAACGUAUGUGGCAGGGGCGGUAAAGAGGUAGUAAACAUUUCAAAUGGUGAUAGCUCGAGUGAGCCAAGUCUUCCCUCUUUGGUCUCUGAUUCCAAUACUAUCAGACUGACUUGCAUAAUUCCACCUGUGUUUCAGGUUGAGCAGCCAGGUCAAGGAAACUUGUAUGAGAAUGAUUUGAUGUUACCAAUGAAUGAACAGAUGGGUGGAUCUGAUCCAAACAGUAUAAACAACAGCCCUUAUGUGCAGCUACAAGCUCCGUUCUCACUCCAAGAAAAUGAUGAGCUUCUGAGUGGAUUACCGCAAAACUUGACUCACACUUCAUAUGGUAAUAACAUGACUGAGCCAAGUCACUCUUUGGUCUUCGAUUCGAACACUGCCAUGGCGAGUAACAGGGCACCUGAGCCUGCGAUUCAGGUUGAGCAGGCAGGUGGAAAUAAUUUUGUUGGUAUGUCUCUAGAUGAUUUGAUAGACCCAAAUGAGGAUCUCUCUGAGUGGGAUGAAUAUUAUGAUCCAGACACGUUCUUCAGCGACGACAUCAACAACACUAACACUUCCUUGCAGCCACAAGCUCCUCACUUAUCCCCUAGUGAUAAUGAGUUUAUCGAUGGAUUGAUGAAUGUUUGUCAAAGGCAGGUUAAAGAUUUGUUUACCUUAUCUAUGACAGAGAACCGCAACAAUCACGCGGCAACAAAACCUUUGUCAGGGACUAUUCCUGAUUAUAGCAGUGAUAGUGACAGCGAUGCUGAAUCCAUAUCUGCAACGAGUUACCCAAGUACAUCAAGUCCAGUUGAUAGUGAUGGUAGUUCGAAUAGAUGCCUCUCAAGUUGCUCAAGCACGGACUCUUGCAAAGAUCCUUCAACCGGUAGAGAGACCCGGGCUGUACUAUCAAAACAAGAGGUAAAGCAAGGAACCCCAAAAGCCAUUGAUGUACCUAUAAUGAAGACAGAGAAGAAGGGGUGGUUUAUUACAGAGGAAGCCAUGGAGAGAAACCACAAGAUGAAGAUCAUAGGUUUCAUUCUCUUGUUGGCUCUCAUUGGAAUGAUCACAUCGGCUUUACUAAACGUCAAAGCUUGAACCAGCUGAUGAAGAUUUGAUUGCUAGAGAAGCAAAGCAGAUCAAUCAAAGCACCUUUCUUUUUUUUCAACUUGGGUUUUUCAAAUUUUGUUUUUUUUUCUGAAUGUUUUGAAUAAUAUAUAGAUGUGUGUGUGUGUGUGAACGAGAGACGAAACUCGAUUGUUAUCAAUCCUGUAUGUAUAUAUUAUAGGUCUUUCUUGUGCCUAAAGUCAAAUGUGUUUAGGGUUUGUAAAAAACCUCAUUUGGGUAAAUAGAGCUUUUACCUAUU